UGUGUCUUUCCGUCUUUCGUUUGUUUUCAAUGUGUAGUGACAGUGAGGUUAUGUUGAAUUUCUUGGGAAUAAAUAGUAUCGCCGUUAGUAGCUUAACUUAAUGACAGAAUAAGACUAGUUUUUGUUUAUUUUUAUAGAUAGCAAUUGCCUGCUAUGGAGGAUCUGCACAAUUUUCUUGAUACUUUUAUUACAGUAUCAAAGAAACCUUAUGAGUUUUUAAGCGCUCAAGAUGAAGUAGCAGAAAAGUUAAAAGAUUUAAUUAAACAUAUGUAUGACUAUACAAAAAAGAAUGAAGAACUAAGUGAUAAAAAUACUCUAGCAAAUUUGAUUGUUCAAAACUUUGACGAGGAACAAAUUUGGCAACAGUUAGAAUUACAAAAUGAAAGUAGUACAAAAUCACACAAAGUCAUUCAAGCAGUUUCACAACUUUCUGCCAAAGCCGAGAAAUUGGCUUUUCCCCUUAAAUUGAAGUGCAUCAAAGCAAAAAAAACUCGUAAUAAAUUAAAAGAAUCUCAAAAUGUGAUGGUUGAAUCGGAAACAGGAGAAUCUGAAGACUUGACCUUCAGCGAAAAAGAUGUUGAAAGAGAAGAGAGUGAUGUAGGAGAAGAAAGUGACUUCGGAGAAGAGGCUGAAAUUGGAGAAGAGAGUGACUUAACAGAUGAUGAUAACUCAGAUUUUGGGACUAAACACCACGUAAAGAAAGGUAAACUAAGACCUUCUGUGGUUGAUGAUAAGUUUUUCAAACUAUCAGAGUUGGAACUUUUUCUCCAAAGUGAAGAGAAAAAUCAAGAUAAGCAAAAAAGUGAAAAUGAACCUUUUGAUCUUUUUGAAAACAUGGACAAUGAAGCUGCAGACUAUAAAUAUUCUGAUUUUUUUGAAACUCCUGAAGGUGAAGAUGAAGUUAACAGUAGGGAAAUAGAAGAAGGAGAUGAUCAUUCGGAUGAAGAUAUUGAGUAUGAAGAUGAUGAAAAUGCCAGUGAUGACAUGAGCAGAAAUGGCAUUAAAAGAAAACACAAUGAAUUAGAUGAUGAGGACAAUUCGGGAGGUGAAGAUGGAGAAGAUGAGGAAAAUAAAAACGAGAAAAGCAAAAAUAAUAAAAAAGUCAGAUUUUCCUUACUGGGAAGUGACGAAGAAGAUAGUGGGUCUGAGAUAGACGGAUCUCUGGGCAACUCUAAAACUAAAGACAAGAAAGUGGAUGCUAUCAAAUCGAGUUUUGAAUUGAGACAAGAACGACUUGGGCGUGUUAUUGAAAAACUGGAAGAGGAAGCUGUGUCAGAGAAGCCAUGGCAGAUGAAGGGGGAAGUGACGGCGACAGUGAGGCCUCAGAAUUCUUUGUUGGAAGAGGUGGUGGACUUUGACCUGUCAGUGAGACCAGCUCCGGUGAUGACAGGAGAGGUAACCAUGCGCCUGGAGGACAUAAUAAUGCAGAGGAUCAAAGAUAAGGCUUGGGAUGAUGUUGAGCGCAAGGUGAAGCCUGUGGAGACACCUUCUGAGUUCAAGAAAAAGCUAGCCUUGGACCAGGAGAAAAGUAAAUUAUCACUUGCAGAAGUCUAUGAGAAGGAGUUUGUCAAGCAGCGAGAGGCUGCCAGUGUAGAUGACAAGGAGAGGCAGGAGACUGAGCCAGCUCUUCAUGUCGAAGUGCGUUCCAUGUUGCACUCUCUGUUCAACAAGCUGGACGCCCUUUCCAACUACCAUUACACUCCACGACCUGUGGCCCCAGAGAUGAAAGUUAUUAGCAAUGUGUCCGCCAUCACGAUGGAGGAGGUGGCCCCAGUAACAGUAGCUGACUCUGCUCUACUAGCACCUCAGGAGGUGAAAGGCAAAAAACAAAAGGGCGAGUUGAAGAGUAAGGAAGAAAUGACGGAUACAGACAAGAAGAGAGCUCGAAGAUUGAAGAAAACAAGACAGCGCCAGCGGCAACGAGAUAGGCUAAGAGCUGCUAAAGAGAUCUCAAAGAUUAAUCCUGGACUUGGAAACAAGUAUAGCAAACUCCGAGCUGAAAAACAAGUUUUGGAUGUUACAAAUAAUAAUAAUGUUACCAUGGUGGAAGAAAGUAAAGAAAAGACUGUAAAAAGUUCAACAGCUUUCUUCAACAAACUCCAAGAUGAGGUAAAAAAUCAAAUCAAGAGUAAAACUACUUUGAAAAAGAAGAAAAACAAAUGGAAUAUCACAGCUAAAAAAUUAAAAUUAUAAUAAAAGAAUGCAGUUGUA